UGGCGCGGAGCAAGUGGAAUUUUCAUUUUUGUCGGGGCGUUAAGUGUUGAAUUUGGAUGCAGAAGACGGAAAGAAAGAGAAAGAACAAAAAAGUGAAAGAGGAAAAGAGAAUAAAAACGAGUGGGAAUGAGAAAACGUCAAACGUUUCGCCGCGCUGAUUUGGGGAUAGCGCGCGCUGACACUCGUUGACGACAAUGGAAAACGCUACGCUUAGCGCUCGAAUUUAGGGACGGCAGCAAGAGACAAGCGCAAGCGAAGUUCGGGGAGUAUGUAUGUACAUUUGAGAACCAGUUUUUUAAACAUAGCUUUCGCAACGCUUUUGCUUUGCAUGUCAACGCUGCACACACGCUUUGCCUCGGUAGAUAUUGCGAAAUUUCUUCUUUUGCUAAUCAUCUCUGGAUUGCAUUCGCUUGUCCCUCAUUCUACACAUAAUACAACCCCUUGAAAGUGAUUAAAGUUCAUUGAUUCGAUAUUCCAGUUUCGUUACAAAAUGCAAAUAAAAUCACAAAUAUGUGAAUGCAGCGCACAAAUAGAAGCACCCGUACCGAAGAAACAGAAACAACUAAAAAAGCAGUACGAAAAAAUGCCAACGCCAAUCUGUUGUUAAAACUCUCUUUGGAACCAAUAACAUAGUGAAGUCAUUCCAACGAUGCCUGCCCUAAAAUUGCUCUGCUAUUUGGCGCUCUUCGCAUGGGUCCAAGCAAUUACCCCUGAAAAUCCAUUCGCCUGCAUGAGUUUUAUGGAAGAUGAGAAGUUCAUUCAGGAUGAUGAUGAUUUUGAGGAGUACUCAUCGAAUGGCGGCGGGCAGUCACAGUAUAGCGCGGAGAAUCAGAACCCGCCGGAUGCAGAAUCCACACCUGUCAGUGAACAAGCAGCGCCACAUCGACGCAUUUGUCAGACAGACUACACGUUCUGCUUCGCGUUGUGGCGUCAAACCCGUAACGGCACUCGAAUCGAGAAACAAGGUUGUUGGAAGGAGAGCACGGAAAGCAAUGUCACGUGCCGUCAGACGGAAUGCACAAGUUCGGCGCCCACAUCAAGUAACAAUUCUCUCUAUUACUGCUGCUGUUCGGGCGAUUCGUGCAACAAAAAUGUGGCUGUGGUUGAGCCAGCGCCACUGCAGCUUUCAAAGCCGAUUUAUUCUAUCGGAGAAAACAUUCCGGGAAGAUUUGGCGAUGCCGGCUUUGGUGUUGUUGUAAUGGCAAUGUUUGUGCUGAUUUUGUGUUUAUCAGUCAGUGGCAUGGCUGCCUACUGCUAUGUACAUAAAAUAAAGGACAAGCCUAUGCCUGAGGAGGCUCCACUUGCACCCUCCGGUCCCGGUUACAGUUCAAACCUACGAAACGUCGACAAUAUAAACUUAAUUUGUAUGCUCGGCAAUGGCAAAUACGGCACAGUGAUGAAGGGUUUGUUGCACGACCAAGAGGUGGCCGUGAAAAUAUUUCCUGAAAGCCAUUAUCCGUACUACAUCAACGAACGCAAUAUCUACUCGUUGCCUAUGAUGGACAGUCCUUCGCUGUUGACUUAUUUUGGCUAUGAUGAGCGUCACACAAUGGAUGGCAAAAUCGAGUACCAACUAGUACUUUCGCUUGCCCCGCUCGGUUGCUUGCAGGAUUGGUUAAUUGCCAACACCAUGGGCUUCGAAGCGUUCUGCAGCAUGGCCAAGUCCAUCACGCGUGGCCUUUCGCAUCUGCAUACAGAAAUAAGUCGGGGUGACGAAUAUAAGCCGUGCGUCGCGCAUCGCGAUUUCAACUCGCGUAACGUGCUCGUCAAAGCCGAUCGAACGUGCUGCAUCGGGGAUUUUGGUUUUGCCUUGAAAGUAUUUGGCUCCAAGUACGAAUACCGCGGCGAAGUUGCUGUAGCAGAAACAAAAAGCAUCAACGAAGUGGGCACGCUCCGUUACAUGGCACCGGAACUGUUGGAGGGCGCCGUCAAUUUGCGUGACUGCGAAACAUCACUCAAGCAAAUGGAUGUUUAUGCUCUGGGAUUGGUACUGUGGGAGGUGGCUACUCGAUGCUCGGACUUCUAUCCACCUGCCCAAAUGACGCCAUCCUACAAAGCCCCCUACGAACAGGAGGUCGGCACACAUCCCACUUUUGACCAAAUGCAGGCAUUGGUGGUGCGGCACAAGGCACGACCCUUGUUUCCCGCAGGCUGGGGUGGGGGCUCUGCGGCCAAGUUGAUAAAGGAUACAUGCGAGGAUUGUUGGGAUCAUGAUGCUGAAGCGCGGCUGACAUCGCUCUGUGCCGAAGAGCGCAUGCAAGAAGCAGCUGGUUUGCGGCCGCGCUACUCACAUGCACAGUCGCCUAGUCCUUUGCUGAGCGCAAACAAUUUGCUGGUGCCUGAUCAGGUGGAUGGGAGCAUGAAAAUAUCCAUGGAUACGUGUAAUUCGGAAACAGAAACGAUGCUUCAGCCGCCACCAAACCAAAAGAUUUUGCCGCGCGCCCAAAGUGUGGGCAGUGAGUUAGGUAUCGCACCACAUGCAGAGAAGAACCAUCUUAUUCACACCCAACAACAACUACAACCAUAUCAGGGACGCAACCCAUGCCAAGAGCGCAACCUGGCACCAGUGUCCAAUCGACCGCCCCAGAUUUUGGUUGAGAAAAGCAAGAAGCACAGCUUUCAAAACGGGCAAGAAAACAGUUUUUCUUGCUUAGAAGACGACGUUUCAGUCGAAGACCUUAUCUCUGGUGGUAGCUCGAAAAAAAUUAACAAUUUCAUGACAGAGAAUGCACCGAGCAUGGGAGAGGGCUUUCCUAAGCAACACAAUACCGAUCGGAAAUUGAGAGGUUGGCACGGCGUUCGGGCGCUAAUACAAAAAAAACUUUUCCGCAAAAGCGACGUUGGCACCGACCUUUUCCAGCAGCAGUUCGGGUACGGAGAUGAAAAGUCUAACUUGGUGGACAAUCGGUACGCUGCCGUUAUUAAAGGGCUCGACAACAAUGGCAGCGAUAGGUUGGCAAAGGCAGCAACAAUUAGUUACAUAGAUGACCGGCACCGCAGCAAUAACGGUGCGGCCACCACCAAGACCACAAUGCUCACUGAUGUCUACCCACAUACAAGGCGACCCAACAACCUUGACUUGAGUCCUAUGAACGGUUCAGCCGUACCAGUAGGAGAGUCCAGUGGCCCGCUUAAUGCUCCUGUUGCUUACAACAAGUCAAAUUUAAUUCAAAGCAUAGCGGAGGAGAGCAACGACAGGAGCGCCAAACAACACCUUCAGCAAGUAGACAAACGCACUAGCACGCCAUGCCAUGUGGUGCCACGUUCCCUCUCUUCUAGUCUAAUUAAACACAUAAACCGCAAUAAUAAUAACGUGAGUAAAGGCGAGCUGAAUACCAUAAACGCUACGAACAGCAGCCCUAAGGAAACCACGCCUGCACCGGUGUCCAACUCGACCGGUCACCUCAAAGCGCCCAGCAAUACAGAUAUCCUCUUUAGGCGGCAGCGAAGCCUUGAAAUGUUCCGCGAGGUGUUCAGUGGCCGAGGCAGCACGGAAAAGCUACGAGAUCCCAGUCAGCGCGUCAAAACGCCAGGUGAUGUGCCGCCAUCUGUGCGCAAGGUGCGAGCCUCGAAGACGCUUAGCCUAUACGACGAUCGGAUGAUGGACUCUUCAACGCUGAAUAUACUCUAGCAUGAGGAGGUUCUGUUGCUGGAGUUGUAAGCAGUUUGGCCCCGGGUUGCCCGUCAGCUUACCAUUUCAGUAGGCAGAACAGAGUGCACAAUAAUGUAGAUGAAUGUGAAAGGAAUGGAGACGAAAAGAAAUACUCGCGCGCGGUUUUUUCGAAGCUCAUCGACAGGAUGAGCUUAUAGGUACUCAUAGAUGUAGUUGCGUUGAACGCGCGGCUCAUAAGUAGAUCGUAGGUCUUCGUAGUGCCACCCCUUCCAUUGAGACCCUACUCUACAUAUGUAUGUAGUAUGUAUUGUGUUUGUAUUCAAAUGUCUACGCACGUGUGUGUGCUGAAAAAACCAAAGUCCUUAUAGUGUAAUAUUGAACGUGUUUUUGUACGAAGUUUAUGUAUGUAUGUAUGUAUGUAUCUCUAAAAACAGUCGCCAGUAAGCUAGUCUUAAGUUUGUAUGCAGUAGUUAAUGUAUAUGUAUGUAGGCUAAGAAGCUGUGACCGAUGAAUGCAGCAAGCAGGGGGCAACAAAAAGCGCAGCAUCAGGUCAGCCAUUGCUUGUGAACGCCGGCAAAUUAGUGUAGCAAAGAUAUUUAUUUUUUAUUCCACUUAUUGGUAGAACAUGAAGACAACUAACUGUACAUCUCUAGGGAAUUUUCACAGCAUAGUGUUAUAGUAUAUACAUAUAUAUGUAACUCUGUAAUAACAUACACAUAAACGGGUAGAAAACUCUGUUGGUUUACUCAACUGUGCAUCAGUAAAACGAAAUUUUUUGAGAUCAUAGCUGUGUGGGAUUAAUUCAACUUAAAAUUGUAGAGUAGUCUUGCGAAAAUUAUUUUUGGGAAUACAUAAUUUGAAAUUUUCAAGGUGUUCGAAAAAUUUCAAACACUCGCACUAACUUAUUUAAAAAGUUGCCGAAUUUUUUUUUUUUUUUGUUAUACCGCGUUAUUAUUAGUUCAAUUAUAUUUUAUGAUUUAGUUAAGUAGAAGUGUAUGUCAUAGGACAUAUGUAUGUAUAUUUAGGCUAUUUAUAAUGACUAGUACGUAUUUAUGUAUACAUACACACGUAUUUCAUAAUUUGUACCAUACGCGCAUAAUUAGACUGUUGAUAGGUUCAAAAAGUUAAAUGAAUUUGGAAAUUGCCUUGUAUUUCAUUAAAAAAAAAAAAAAAGUUG